GAAUUCUUUUCUUGGCAUCUUUGUAUUGUGCAUUCGCAGUCUUUGGGAUAAGAAAAAUCUUUUCAUAUCUCCAUAUUUAAAAAUUUAUAAUUAAAUAAAAUGAAACUAUAUCUUAAAUUUUGGGGAUUACUUUUAAUUGCAGUGUGCAUUUCAAGUGAAGAAUUAGAAAAUGAAUUCGAACUGCCAAGGAAUUUGAAACUACAAAUGGUCAAUGCCAUUUUUAGACAUGGAGAUCGUACACCACAACCAAUUUAUAAUGAGACGUAUCCAAAUGAUCCAUUUGCAAACGAGACUUAUUAUCCUCUGGGAUUUGGGGCAUUGACAAACGGCGGAAAAUUAAGAGCCUUUGAAUUGGGUACUUUUUUAAGGAGUAGAUAUAACGAAUUUUUGGGUGCCACUUACAUUCCUGAAGAUAUUACUCCCAUAAGUACUUAUAUAGAUAGGGCAAAAAUGACCCUACUUGCUGUUCUAGCUGCUUUGUACCCUCCAGAUGCAGUACAAAAGUGGCAUCCGACUCUUAAUUGGCAGCCAAUACCAAUAAUUUAUGAGAAAAUUGAUAACGAUAUUUUACUAUUUUCUAGAAGAUGUCCGAAGUACAAAAAAAUGUGGAAAGAAAUUGAAGAAUCAGAGGAAGUAAAGCAAAUGUUUGGAAAAUUCAAAUCACUUACAAACAAUUUGACAAAUUUCAUGGGAAAAAACAUUACAACGCCCGCUGAUGUAUCUUCUGUUUAUAAUAUACUUUCUUGUCACAAAUCAAUGAACCUACCGAUUCCGAAUUGGGCUGAAAAAAUAUUGGUAAAUAAUGAUUUCCUAGAGGCUAUUGAGAUAUUAGCAAAAAUAGGCAACUACAAUGAUACAAUGAAAAAAAUUAAUGGAGGACCACUUUUGAAACAAAUGACAAAUGAUAUGAUAGCCAAAAGGAGCGGAAAAUUAAAGAAAGGAACGAAAAUUAAACUUUACAGCAGUCAUGACGUUAAUUUAUAUGCUCAUCUUUAUGCUCUUGGCAUAACAAAAUUUGAUCGUCCCUUCUAUUGUAGUGCAGUAAUUUUGGAAUUGUAUAGUGAUAAAGAAGGCAACUAUUACGUACAGAUUCUAUAUUAUAAAGGGGACACAAGUAGGGUUGAAAUUCUCGAAAUACCCAAUUGUUCGUCAAUGUGUGAAUUAAAUAAAUAUCAGGAAUUCAUAAAAAAAGUAAUUCCCAUUGACGAAAAUGCAGAAUGUUGUGGAUCCGAACAUUGUACUUUAAUAGAAAUAACAAAUAAAAUGAAAUUAUAUUCUAAAUUUUGGGGAUUACUUUUAAUUGCAGUGUGCAUUUCAAGUGAAGAAUUAGGAAGUGAAUUCGAACUGCCAAGGAAUUUGAAACUACAAAUGGUCAACGCCGUUUUUAGGCAUGGUGAUCGUACACCACAACCAAUUUAUGGUGAGACGUAUCCAAAUGAUCCAUUCGUAAAUAUGACCUAUUAUCCUCUGCGAUAUGGUGAUUUAACAAACGUUGGAAAAUUAAGAGCCUUUACAUUAGGCACUUUUUUAAGGAAGAGAUACAACAAAUUUUUGGGUGACUCUUAUAUUCCUGAAGAUAUUACUUCCAUAAGUACAUAUAUAGAUAGGGCAAAAAUGACCCUACUUGCUGUUCUAGCUGCUUUGUACCCUCCAGAUGCAGUACAAAAGUGGCAUCCGACUCUUAAUUGGCAGCCAAUACCAAUACUUUUUGAAAAAAUUGACGACGAUUUUUUGCUGUUUUCUAGAAGAUGUCCUAACUACAUAAAAAUGUGGAAAGAAGUUAGAGAAUCAGAGGAAAUAAGGGAAAUGUUUGUAAAAAUCAAAUCACUUACAAAUAAUGUGACAAAAUUAACAGGAAAAAACAUGACAAAUCACAAUGAUUUAUUCUCUCUUUCUAAUACACUUUCUUGUCAACAAUCAAUGAACCUAUCAAUUCCGAAUUGGGCUCAAGAAUUAUUAACGAAUAAUGAAUUCCUGGAGGCUGUUGAAAUAGUAACAAAAGUAAUGAACUACAAUGAUACAAUGAAAAAAAUAAAUGGAGGACCUCUUUUGAAGCAAAUGACAAAUGAUAUGAUAGCCAAAAAGAAUGGAACAUUAAAAGCAGGAAAGAAAAUUAAACUUUACAGCGCUCAUGAUGUUAAUGUCUCCGGACAUCUUUAUGCUCUUGGCUUAAAGAAAUUUGAAAAUCCCUUCUAUUGUAGUGCAGUAAUUUUGGAAUUGUAUAGUGAUGAAGAAGACAACUAUUACGUACAGAUUGUAUAUUAUAAAGGAGAUACAAGUAAGGUUGAAAUUCUAGAAAUACCCAAUUGUUCUUCAAUGUGUGAAAUAAAUAAAUAUCAAGAAUUAAUAAAAAAUGUAAUUCCCAUUGAUGCAAAUGCGGAAUGUUGUGGAUCAGAACAUUGUACUUUAAUAGAAAGUUCGACAUUCUGAAUACUGUUUACUUAUAAAAUGUAAACCAGUAAUAAAUUAAUAAAUAUAACAAAAAGAAACUAAAAAUUGACUGUUGAUAAUU